UAGUGCGCUAGGUGUGCGCGAACAGUAUUCUCUGCGGACUUCCGGUCUUUGGGCCGCUACGGUUAAUGAGCGCUCAGAAGUUCCGCCGCCAUGGGGAUCCUAGAAAAGAUCUCCGAGAUCGAGAAGGAGAUCGCGCGGACGCAAAAGAACAAGGCCACUGAGUAUCAUCUGGGCCUGCUGAAAGCAAAGCUUGCCAAGUACCGAGCACAGCUCUUGGAACCUUCUAAGUCGGCCUCAUCCAAGGGAGAGGGCUUCGAUGUCAUGAAGUCAGGAGAUGCCCGUGUGGCCCUGAUUGGCUUUCCCUCUGUGGGUAAGUCCACCUUCCUGAGUCUGAUGACCUCCACAGCCAGUGAAACUGCAUCCUAUGAGUUCACUACCCUGACAUGUAUCCCUGGUGUCAUUGAGUACAAGGGGGCUAACAUCCAGCUCCUGGACCUCCCCGGGAUCAUUGAAGGCGCAGCACAGGGCAAAGGCCGUGGCCGCCAGGUCAUCGCUGUGGCACGCACCGCUGAUGUUGUCAUCAUGAUGCUGGAUGCCACCAAAGGAGAGGUGCAGAGGUCUCUGCUGGAGAAGGAGCUGGAGUCAGUGGGCAUUCGCCUCAACAAGCACAAGCCCAAUAUCUACUUCAAGCCCAAGAAAGGAGGCGGCAUCUCCUUUAACUCCACCGUCACUCUGACCCAGUGUUCAGAGAAGCUGGUGCAGCUCAUCCUGCACGAGUACAAGAUCUUCAAUGCCGAGGUGCUCUUUCGGGAAGACUGCUCCCCUGAUGAGUUCAUCGAUGUGAUCGUGGGCAACCGAGUGUACAUGCCCUGCUUAUACGUCUAUAACAAAAUCGACCAGAUUUCAAUGGAGGAGGUGGACCGCCUGGCCCGGAAGCCCAACAGUGUGGUCAUCAGCUGCGGCAUGAAGCUAAACCUGGACUACCUGCUGGAGAUGCUCUGGGAGUACCUGGCCCUGACCUGUAUCUAUACCAAGAAGAGAGGACAGAGGCCAGACUUCUCAGACGCCAUCAUCCUGCGGAAAGGGGCCUCCGUGGAGCACGUGUGCCACCGCAUUCACCGCUCCCUGGCCAGCCAGUUCAAGUAUGCGUUGGUUUGGGGCACCAGCACAAAGUACAGCCCGCAGCGGGUGGGCCUGACGCAUACUAUGGAGCACGAGGACGUCAUUCAGAUUGUCAAGAAGUAGUGGCUGUGCUGCCGUCCCCUGGGGCCCUUGACCAGUGGGUCUGCUGACACACACAUAUAUAGUCCAGUCCCUGGGUGCUUCCUGUUUCCAGAAGUCUCCCCAGCACCUGGAGAGGAUGUUGAAGUGGUCAGGCAGGGGGAAGAGGCUGGGACUCUAGGCAUGGACUUUGGGUGCUGCCCGUGAGGCCACCCUAGGUUGGGGGUCUGAGUGUGGGCUCUGGGCCUGUGCCACAGCCCUGUCCCUAGGGGCAAGCAAGAGCUUGCCCUCCUGAAGGAGUGACUGGGCACUUUCAGCUCCAGCUAGUUUUUUCUGGCAUACAAGGCAAGGGCUCCUCAGGAUAAAAUGCCACCCUCCCAAUUCCUUCUGGAGAAACCAGAGGUCUGCAGCUCUGAGGGCCCAGCUUCUCCUUCCAGUCUGAAAGGGCCCUAGAGCACCAGGGACCUUGGAAUGCAGGCUUUGUCUUCUCUUUGUAAGCCCCCCAGUCUAAUUCUUUCUAAAAUAAAGGUCUCAAAUGA